AUAAAUAUUCGAAAACGGAGAUUAGAAUAAUCGGGCUGUCAGGAUUGACUUGCUCAGCUCAUAUAUCCGUCCAGUCGUCACAUAUUCACAUGCAUGCGGUCUUUAUAUCUCUCUCCGCGCUGCCUCCUCGCCUCACAGAGACGUUCGCCAACGCCAAACCAAUCUCGCUCGAUCGCUACGUCUACGUGCAGUGCAGUGCGGGGACCGACAACAAUCACCAUAUGGGCAACUCCAUGGGCGGGAAGCGGCGGAGGGCGAGGGUGAUGACGGUGGACGGCACCACGUACAAGUACCGCGCCCCCGCGGCGGCCGGGGACGCGCUGCGCGAGCACCCGGGCAAGGGCAACCACCUGCUGGAGUCGGAGGAGGUGCGGCGACUGGGCCUGCGCGCGCGGCCGCUGGACCCGGACGCGCCGCUCAAGCCCGGGAAGCUCUACUUCCUGGUGGAGCUGCCUCCGCCGUCGUCGGCCGCCCACCACCAUCGCCGGGCCCGGGCGCCGCAGCGCACGUGGUCCGGCGCGCUCCACUACGGCGCCGUGGCCGGGGCCGGGGAGCGGCUGGAGAGCCUGAUGCUGGCGCGGCGGUCGGCGUCCGACGUGGCGGCGUCGUCGUCCGUCGGCGACGGCGGCGCCCUGCGCCUGCGCGUGCGCCUCCCCAAGGCCGACGUCCAGCGCCUCGUCGACGACAGCCGCGACGCCGCCGACGCCGCCGAGAGGAUCAUGCAGCUCUGCGUCGCCCGCGACCAGCAGCGCCGCCACCGGUCCGCGCCCGCCACGCCCCUCGCCGUGCCCGUGCCCCCGGCGGUCGUCAGCGUCACCUCGACGUCCAGCUCGCGCAAAGAUGAUGGCUCCGGCGGUAGCAACAAGCCCGCGGCGGCAACAACCGGCAAGAAAGAGAGGACGUAAAAAUGUCUGGGAGAUCGAUAUAGAUUAGGAUCCAUCCAAUUAGUAUAUAGUCAGACAUGCAUGCACGAGAGAACCAGUGAAUUGGGCACGCGUGGCGUGGAAGAGAAACCGACCGCCCGAAAUAACAAGGCAGUAUGUCAGUGGAAAAGAGCUGGCAUGUCAGGCUAAUUAAUUAAAUUAAAAAUUUGGAGUACUUAACUGUCUCCCUGCCUGUCUGGUGCUGCCACGUAGCACUCCGACUCCGAUCCAGGAGAGUACAACACACACCCUCCUCCUGUCCUGUAAUUUAUGUAUCAAACAAAUACCACUACUCCAGUAGUAGGAGUACUAUGCAGCAUGUAUCCAUACCACCAUGCGUGCACAGUGAAAUUAAUGAAAAGAUGCGUGUGGCGUGUGUGCAUAUAUAUGGUCCAGUAAUACAAGGGUCGUUUAGGCGACGGAUGCGAGCAUGCAUGCAUGUGAUGACGGGGACACGCCGGUGGUGGUCACGCAGUCUACUACCAGCUGUACUGUGCUCGAGAUGGGGCCUGGGAGCGCUGUCCAAUUGAUUAGGACGAGCUGUUAAGGCGUGCUCCAGAGUCCAGUGUCCGAUCGGGCUAACAGACCACCAUGCAAGUCAAGGGCAUUGUUACAGACUUUCAUAUCACGAGGUAGGUGGGAUUAGGGUUUAGGGUAGGAAAUUAAAAAAAAUCCCCUCCUUCACCUUGCUCUCUCCUUCACUCGAUCUGUAUUUUAGUCAAGAUUAGUAGAGAAUCCACUUUUACCCGCUUUCAUCCCAUUUCUUAUUAAGGAUCUAAUAAAAUCACUCAAUAAUAGGGUGUAGUAGAAACUAAUUCACCGAUUAAUAACAAAGCAUGCAAACUAGAGGUCAACGAGCAAGCUAGCGAUCGUCGUUCGUGGUGCGUAGUAACCCGACGCCGCCGGCCAUGUGGUUAGAUUCUGAAACGAACGCGGUUGUUGUACCUAGUUAUUAAGGUAAAUGCAUGCAGAUCAUCGAUCGUCGAGAGCAUGUGGCUCGUGUGCCAAUGUGUUCGAUUAACCACGCCGUGGGCUCGACUCGAUCAAGGGCCUUCCACAAUAACUCGUUGACAUGCAGAGAUAUAUAAUUAAUCGUAUACAUACAGAUUUUAUUAGUACCACACUACGACGUACUCGUUGACAUGGAUUAUAUUUCUAUCAUAAUAUAUUGUUAUUUUUUAUCACUGUCUGACUAUAUACAUAAUUGUUGAUUAUUUUUUGUAUCGAUAGAUUAGAUUUUAUUGGGAUUACGAUUUUGUCUAACAAAUAUAUAUUUUUUGCUUUGAGAACUCAGAAUCACAUAUUAUAGUUACAUAAACUAUAACACAUAAACCGUAAUUGUAAUUAUAUAUAUAUAUAUAUAUAAUUAUAGUGUAAAAUGAAGCUAAAAUUCAGAAGUCUAAAACUUGGCAAGUAUCCUAAUGAUAUUUCUAGAGACCUUGGCAGCGACUGGUCAUGUGCCCUGUCGAGAUCUGACACGACACCUCAAAAGCCGCCCACUACACAUGACAUGAUGGAAUAAUCCACGUAGCUUACUAAAGGCAAGGCACCUUGUAACAUGUGAGUGAACGGUGCUUGUAGCAAAUUCAACAGCCGUCUGCCGGCUGCCGGUGUCGGUUAGGCCGUGCGUUGAUCGGUCGAUGAAAAUAAUGCUGGUAGCAUAGUAGAUAUCCUGUAAAUUAUGGUAAGUUUAAGAUAGAGGAUGAGAUAGGAUUACUGCUGGAGUCAGCCUAAUGCUCAGUGAGCCAGCCAGCCCGGUAGCGGCAGGACGGACAAUCAUGCAUGCAAGCAAGCAAGAAAGCAUUCCUCUUUCGGUGCGGAAGUGGGAAACAGCACCGAGAACUGCUAGCUACUACCCUAGUCUAGCGGCUUUCCACUUGAAGCGACUCGCGCGGCAAGACCUGCUGCUGCAGCAGCCGCACGCACACAGUAGUGUGGAAACACCGCACGCACAUAGUACGGUGCAAGUUUGCAACGACAGCGCCGCAACCUUUUUGUCAGGGCCAUUGGUGUGUGCUGAACU